AUCAGAGCACUAAAGGGUUCAGACAACUUCUAAGUCCAGCAAACCUCCCCUCCUCCGUCCAACAGAGCUGCUGGAUCCAGAGCCACAGCAAUCAGCAUCUCUGCAGGAAGUGACAGAAAAUGGCGCGGCCGUCUGUCUCCCUGAUCCACACAGGUUUCCUGUUAGUAGUUGUUUUAUUACCAGACUUGCUGGGGGCCGUGCCUUUGGAGCAGAACCAGCAAGAAGAAGGGGCUGCAGUGACUGAUGAUGUGAAAGCUGAUGCACUGGCCAACUUGAAAAAGCUGGUUCGCAACAGAAGGAACGUCCCCGUCUUGGCUGUGCCCCAGUUCAAACGUGUGCCUGACUUCUGGGGAUGGUACAAGUACUUUAUGGACACACACAACCAGGAGGGAGUGGAGGAUCUGGAUCGUUUGUACAUGGCCUACUUACAAAACAAGCACAGGUCUGAGGAGGGGCCCACCUUCAAUCACUACCUCAAACAUCUUAGUGAAAUCUACAAAACCUGUGCAAAUUCUGAUGACCCAGAAUGCAUAGCUGAGUCCACCAGCAAACCCAAAGCUGCUGUGGUCAUGCCUUCCUCUAUUAGGUCUGGUGCAAUCAGGAUGUGCAACCCCUACAUUGAUCCCUACUGCCUCUACCCACUUACGUCCAAGCCCGCUGCUCCGGAGCCUGAAAUGGCUCCAGCUAAGGUACCAGCUCCCAUCCUUACCCCUGUCCUGCCCAUGCCCCUGAAGAGCCCCACUGGUUUCUACUACUACGCUCCCGUCCUGGAGCCCUUCCUGAACACUGAGCAAAGGUCUGAGCUGCUGAGGAUCUGCCACCCUGAUGAUGUAGAGUGCCUGCAGUACCACCUCAGAGCAGCAUAUGGGUACCGCCCAGCUGCUUCUUAUGCUCCUUCUUAUGCUGCCCUUCAAUGUGACCCUAAUGACCCUUACUGCCACCCACCUCUGGUCCAGAAGGGCCCCAGCGGGUACUACCAGCUGUUGUACCCAAGCUGUGACCCAGCAGUGGAUCCUCUUUGUGUGAACACUGCUGCUGCACCUGCUCCACUGGCUGCAGGGGAGGCUCCCAGAGAGCAGCACUGCAACCCUCUCUUCGAUGCAGGCUGCAACCCCCUGACCGCCACCAGGCUGUCCGGACUCACCAAACCCGUCCUAGAGUACUCCCCCAAAGAUAAGCCUGCUCCUUAUGCCGCUGCUCCUCCUGCUGCUCCUCUGACCUGCGACCCUCAAUACAACCCAUACUGCAUUCUGGCGGCCGCUGCAGCUCUGCGCAAACCCGCUCCACAGCUCCCCGAGCACCAGGUCCGCUACAACCUCGGUGUCCGUGGCAAGACCAAGGAGGGCUACGACUGCUUUGUGCACUAUGACAAAGACUGCACCCCGGUUCAUUCUGGCUCUGAGGCUUCAGAUAAACCCUUCUGUCAUCCCUAUGAUCCCAAAUGUUCCAAGUUUUCCCGACCUUCAAAGCCCAACAAGAGCAGUGUGAUCCUUCCGGAUCCUGACUGCGACCCUGAGUACGACAGCAACUGCCGCCUGCAGCACGCUGAGCCUGCCUCUUCAGCUGACGAGCCUCUUGCUGAUGAAGAAAAGCCCGCCGAUGAACCUACAAAGAAAGUUUCUGUCCCACGCUUUGAAGACUUCCUCAGGGGUGUCCUGAGCCAGCACAAAUAAGUUUCAGCACCUGCUCACUCAGUCGUUCCAGAUGGAAAUGUCUUACUGUGAUCCACCUUGUGCAGCAUCCUCACAACCUUAAAAACAAAAAUAAUUAUUCUUCAAAUCAGAAAAACUAAAGGUUUCCCUGGUUGUGUUCUAAAUUCCACAGAGCUAAACAGCACAGAGGAACUUAAACCGUUGUAUGUUUGUAGAAAAGAGUCAUAUGUAUAGA